CCUCCCGCUGCCUGGGAGGCUGGGUGGGGCCCCAUCCAGCCUGGAGUCUGAGGUGCCUGGCAGUCUGGCCACCCACACCAGAGCCCGUACAGCCCCCUCUCAGCGCUGGGCUGGGCCACAGCAGGAGUGCUGCGGUGCUUGUGCACUACAGGUCUUUCCUGCCCUUACCGGCAGCCUGACGAACCAGCUCCUCCGGCCGAAGGGCUGGGGCGGGGUGCAGCCCAAGGCGGCCAAACCAGCCCCAGCUUCAGGUGCUUGGCCUGCCACCGUGGUCAUGGGGCUUCCCCGGAGGCAGCCUCGCCCUGGGCUGCUGCUCCUCUGGGUGCUGCCGUGGCUGCAGCCCAGCUUGUGCCUGGAGCUGGUCCCCUACACGCCACAGAUCACGGCCUGGGACCUGGAAGGGAGGGUCACGGCCACCACGUUCUCCCUGGAGCAGCCCCGCUGUGUCUUUGAUGGGCGUGCAGGUGCCGACGACACCAUCUGGCUGGUGGUGGCCUUCAGCAAUGCCUCCAGGAACUUCCAGAACCCACAGACCUUGGCUGAGAUCCCCACAACCCCACAGCUGCUGACCGAUGGCCACUACAUGACGCUGCCCUUGUCCCCAGACCAGCUGCCCUGUGAGGACCCUCGGGGUGGCAGUGGAGGGGUCCCCUUGCUUCGAGUGGGCAAUGACUUCAGCUGCCAACAGCAGCCCUACUGCAAUGCUCCCCUGCCUGGCCCAGGGCCGUACAGCCCUGCUCCCCCGCGGCCUCCUGUCCUCAGCGUGAAGUUCCUCCUGAUGGAUGGCUCUGGCUCUCCCAAGGCUGAGACCAGGUGGUCGGACGCCAUUACUCUCCGCCAAGGGAAGGCCCCGGGCUCCAUCGACACGUGGCCCGGCCGUCGGAGCGGCUGCAUGGUCGUCAUCACCUCCAUCCUCUCGUCUCUGGCUAGCCUCCUGCUCCUGGCCUUCCUGGCAGCCUCCACCGUGCGCUUCUCCAGCCUGUGGUGGCCCGAGGAGGUCCCCGAGCAGCUGCGGAUCGGCUCCUUCAUGGGCAAGCGCUACAUGACCCACCACAUCCCGCCCAGCGAGGCCGCCACUCUGCCAGUGGGGUGUGAGCCAGGCCUGGACCCCCUCCCUAGCCUCAGCCCUUAGCCUGGCCUCUGCCCCCCCAGGCCUUUCCCCAGGGCACCCCAACUGCCCGGAGUCCUCCCUGGCUGCCCCCACUCCACCACCCCAGGUGUCUGUGAGUGCCCCAGGUGUCAGGCUGGGCAUCCAACCCUGCCCCUGUCCCCAGCCCUAUUCUGCAGGCCCUCCUUGUGGGUGAGUCCGGAGGCAGUGGACUGGCCUCCCUGACCAGGAACUUUAGAUCACGGGGGAAACUGAGGCCCUGAGAUGACCCCUUGAUUGCUAACUCCUAGGUCACACAGACACCCACUCACUCACUUCGGGGCCAGCAGCUACCAGGGGUGCAGCGUGUGUGGAUUGGACCCAGCUAUGCUCUGCCUGGGUAGGGGGUUGGGUUGGGCCCAUCCCGGGGCCUAUGAGGCCUGAGCCGUCCUUAUCCCAGCCAAACGCUGGGGCUGAGAUGCAGGCUUUAGGGGCAUCCCCGCUGUGCCAGGGACUGGCUCUUCCUAUGGGGGACUCAGAGGCCAGAGGGUCAGGCAGUGUAGACAGACAUUGUGACCGGCUAGUUACAGGUUCCGGCCACCACUUCCAAGCCUCGUGCUCUCAGCUGCUCACUCACAUCCCUUGUUGAGCACCCGCUCUAUGCCGCGCAGUGUUAGACGUGGGGGCUCGGGCAGAGCUGGUCCUGACCUUGGGGUCUUCCUGCUCUGGACCUCAGACAGAUGUGUCCAAAUGUGACCUGUUGGUACAUUUGUGGGUCUGUCACACCUUCAGACUGUCACUUUCUGCCUCACACUCCCUCAGGCAGUCGCUGCAGUGGGCUCUCUGCGGGUCAAGAGACCCCUAUUCCUGGCAAAGUCUCACUGCAGACGCCCCGCCAAGUGUCACCUGUUCCCAAGGUCGGUAGUUCCCGCAUCGCCACACGAGGGCGCCAGUGCGCCGUGGCUAGCCUGCCUAGGCCCGGAUGGGCUCCUGCCCACAGCCCCGCCCCCUGCCUGAGCACCUGCUGUGCUCCCUUCCAUCAGCACUGCUGCAGUGGUUUCUUAGAGAAACUGGAGUUCCGGGAACGACUCGCGUGCGCGCUCUGUCCAGCCAACCACUCUGUGUCCCCCGGGACACCCUGCUUGCCCUCUUUGGAGGCGAAUAAAAGUGAUGUGGCCUCCGUGACUGGAGUCCUGUA